GAGACGGGCCUGUGGGGGGGGGGGGUUAGCCACAUGAAAAAAAAACGAGGAGGAGGCGCCUCUCGCGUUGAAGCAGAACCGCUUUAGAUGGAUUCUUCAUGUUUGCUUCAGCCUCAGUGGAGACAGCCUGCUGUGAACACUUACGAGCCGUGACAAUAGGGCGUGAAACAUGGCCCAUCGCAGCGCAUGGAUAGCCACAAACACGAGCUGCGCCCAGCGUGGAACGAGCGGCUCUCCUGUCCCGUCCGGCACGCACUUGGAGAGGAUUGCGCACGGGGCAGCUGGUGGGACCAGAUGGAGGGUUCGGAGGAAGGAUAGACAGGAGAUUACCUCUGUAAUGUCAGCAAAGGCCAAGGUGCUGCUCUGGGUGCUGCUCUCUCUGCUGCCUCUAGUGGAAGGAGCUCAUAUGAAAGCUGGUUUGGCUGCCGUGGGAUCAGACUCGGGUCAGGCUGUGGGCUUGCUUGCAGGCCAGGAGGAGAGAGGACUUCCUGUGACGCUGCCAGAGGUGGUGAAGGACGAAGAGCAGGAGGACAACGGCGAACCUUACUCUACUUGGCACACUCUAUAUGACCCCUUUGUAAUAGACGAGGUGGAUGACCAUCCCACUAGUCGCUGGGCGGGGCGCUCUCCCCGCUCCUCUGACCCCUCAGAACCUCAACCCAAAGGACCACCAAAGAAAAAGAAAAAGAGGAAGAAGAAAGAAAAGGAGGAAGAGGAAGAGACAGCAAUCGAUACAAAGGGUAGAGGAAAGAGCAGACAAACAAAGCAGAGCAGCAGGGACUGCCGUGUGGAGAAGAAGGAGAUGAAGGUUCGGGACCUGGGCCUGGGGUACGACUCGGAUGAGAUUGUCCUCUUCAAGUUUUGCGUUGGCUCCUGCCAAACUUCCAGAACAAACUACGACGUGGCUCUGAAGGCGCUGCUGAAGAACGGCUCGCUGCCCCGACGCACCGCCCGCAAGGUCAGCAGCCACCCCUGCUGCCGGCCCGAGCGGUACGAGCCGGUUUCCUUCAUGGACGCCCAGACCACCUGGAGGACUAUCCAGUUGUUAUCAGCAGCCAGCUGCAUGUGUAUGGGCUGAAGACAGGAAUGAGGGAGAAGGGGUCCUGGGAGGGGUGUCACCCAUCCUGAGCAAAGCGGAGUCGAGAGGCUCGGGGUGAGGAAGGCCUGUGUACAGGGGAGAGCUGGAGGGCGCUACACACACACACACACACACACACACAGCAAGGAAGUGACAAAAGCGGCGUGUUUGCCUCCUGUGGUGAUUCUCCUGUUGAGGAGAACGAUGUGUGGGUGCAGCCGGACAUUUGGGGUCAAAGGUCAAAAAUCAGAGAGUGAGGGGGCAGUCAUUGGGGAAUCACCGCCCGGAUUUAUUGGGACGUCUUCCAAGAGUUAAUAGUUUUCAGCUGAAAGCAGGACAAUCCAGAGGGUUAACAUGACUGCUCUGCUUCAGAUGGACAGCCUGAGGCUGAAGCUCAAGAUACAAAGGGUGAUGCAAACAAACAGACUAUCACUGCCUUUAUAUUCUGCCUUCUUCUUUUGUCACAUGACCGUUUCUAUGUUCGGGUGAACUCAGCCAAAUGGAUGCCAUGCAUCUUCAUGUAUUACUGUACAAAAGUAACAUAUAUUUAUUUCUGAUAAAUUAUUUAUUUAUUAUAACUUCCUACAAGAGCUGUUUUAUUAACUCUAUAUUGUAGAUAAACAUAUAUUUAUUGCAGAGAUUUUCAUUUGAUGUUACUUCUGCUUGCAUGCAGUAUGUACGUUUUUUUUUAAAGGUGCAUUUCCACAUUCACCCAACACCUCAUAACCCUGGACUGAAGCGAUGAUUCUGGGCAGAAUUGUUUUGGAUGCAAUACACUUUUUUGAAAUGAAUUGAUUAUGUGAAAAUCCGAAAUCUGAAAUUCUCUCUCGGAUGCAAUUCAAGACACAUUAAGAAAGAGAAAGAAAAAACCUCAUAAUAGACCACACAUUGGCUGACAUUGAAAUGAUACCUAAUACUUGUUGUUCAAGAGCAUCUUCUUAUGUCUGACCUCAAGUCAGUCUCAGCUGACAAGAACAAAAUUCACACUGCUGGACCUCAACAUUUCUCAUUUUAAAGUGGUGAUUUCCAUUCAGUUACACACCCCCUGUAUGUCACAUUAUUAUUAUUAUUAUUAUUAUAUAAAGUUGUCUUUAUUUUUGUAUGGCAUUAUCCUCUAAGAGAAUAAAGUUUUUUACAUCUUA